AUGGCAUUUCCUAUACCCGACCAUCUUCCAAGGAGGGCAAUCCCACAGGAUAUAUCAUCAAGUAUUCUGUCAAAAAUUGAUGCGGCGACCUCGAAGACCUUGAAUUCCACCUUAGCGGCGUCAUGGCUGGCCGAACUCGACGAGACUAUUACUUCUACCAAGGAGCGUAUUCAUGACAGGAUACAAUCCGACUUGCCAAAAUUCAAACACCAGCUCCAAUCCUCACAGUCCAUCGUUUCACGGUUGCAACACCUCACGGACAGCGUUGAUACUCUCAAUGAUGUCCUUACAAAUUCUGAGAGCGGGCUCAUACCAAAUCUAAUGACCACCUUAACAAAACAUUCUGCGUUGGCGCAGGAAACAGCCAAUGCAGGAGUGACUUACGAAGCCCUUUAUCACGCUCUUGAAUGCCGAAAUGGAUACACCACCGUCACGUCUUUGACCCACUUAGGAAAGCUGCCCGAUGCCGUUGCAGGCUGCGAAGGGUUGCAGAAGUUAAUUGAAGGAGCUCCUGGAUCGUUAAAGAAGGCUGCUGUGAUGGAAGAUGUAAAGCGGAAAUUUGCUGCUGCGAGGUCUCGCAUUGAGGAGCAGCUUAGCGACGCGUACUCUAGGAGUGUGAUUGUUCUUCCUAUGUCAAUAACUGUGACUUCACCGAUACAAGUGCGCCAAUCUGAUACAUUGCUGUCGCUUUCUUCCAUCCUCGCCUCACAAUCGACGUCUUCGCUAUCAAACCAUCUGACGACUUUGAGGCGCGAUCUAAUUACGCAUUUUGUCGAUCACGUUCUUCAACAACCUUGUGGCAUCUCUCUCCAUUCCAGCCCCACGGAACAGAAGGUCACAUUGAUACCUGCCCCUGAACGGCGGUCGACACGUCUCGAAAACCUAUCCACAGUCUUUGACUUUUUAUCGUCACAUGUACUACCACAUCUCCCCAUCUCACAAUCACCGCAAUUUCUACUUUCCUUGUGCAAACCCGUCACACGAAGCAUCCUCGACCACCUAAUCAUCUCAUCUCUCCCCUCUUCGUUUGGACUACUACCUUCUUUUCUGGAACUUCUAAAACAUGCAGUCGCGUUUGAGGACAAAUUCAUAGUUGGCCUUCUUCAAGGCGACAGACAUGACCGAGCAAUCAAAACAUGGUCUGAUGGGGUGUGUGGUCAUUACGAACGACACCGACGGGUUGAAAUUUUGGAGAGCGCCCGAUCAAUGGCUAUUGACCCUAUAGAUCUUACUGACACGUUUCAGGCAGAGAUUGCUCUCGUUCCAGAGUCACCUCCUCCAAUCGUAAACCAACCCGACGGAGAUUUUGAACAGGACGCGUGGGGUUUCGAGGAUGAAGAGUCGGUGGGGCCGGAAGGAACUGGUGCUUCAAAUGAUGUUGAAAAUGGCUGGGGUUUUGACGACGACGUUGAGCCAGAUGUAGAGGAGUCAGCCAACUCAGAGCUACUGCCAAUACCCGACGCACUCCCAGCAGAAACGGGACACAUGAAUGGUGACGAGGAGUCAGAUCCUGCAGAUGCAUGGGGUUGGAACGACGAGGAAUCUCUCCCUCCUGAAGAAGAGUAUGUAUGGGAUCCAUGGUCUGACCCCCCAGAAUCUAGUACGCUCCCCGAUCCACCUAAACCUGUGUCCGCCCCACCUAAGGCUGCUACGCGCUUGGAGAAGCAAGCCGCUAAGCACAAGAAACCUCUCAACGGGAAUUCCUUUACAAAAUCACCACCGAUGCCAUCUUCAACACUACCUCCUCCCCAGCACGCCGUCCCUCCAACCUCAGAACUCCAAAAAUCUGUUAAACCCCCUACGCCACACGUUGCACCGAAACAUCAAACACCCAACCAUGCAAAACCCCCAAUACCCAAAGAAACAUACAUCGUUUCCGGCCGUUUAAAGCGACUUGUUCGGAGGGUAGAGGAUGUGAUAAAUGAGGGCAAACAGUUCGCUGCUUCGAGCCUCUUCUCCACGUCGCAGGGUUCCUCGCCGCCAGGCACGAUACUCUUCCAGUCGGCAUCAUCAAUAUUGGAACUGUAUCAAGCAUUGUAUCCCGUUAAGUUCAGGAAAGAGGUUGAGUCCCCCGAGCGUAGCAUGCGGUAUUCGAACGACUGCUUUUACCUGAGCGAGCAAAUUGGGAAGCUUGAAAAGGAGGCAAUUGGCCAACCCUUGCUGAUGGAGCGGUUAAACGAAUGUAGUCGGCAUCUGAAGGUCAUAAGCGACAGCUGGUUUUAUGACACUAUCAACCGGCACUGUCAGGCUCUUGAUGAGGUCUUGGUGAAAGGCGCCCAGGCAUUUGCCUAUACUGGUGAACAAGAUCGAUACGAUGAAUGCGAAACCGCUGUUAAUGACACCCUGAGAAAUGUCAAGCAACUCGCGUCAAAGCUACAGCGCGUCCUUCCUCAGAGCAAAUUCUACAUUGCUUUGGGUUUAGUGACGGAUGCAGCCCUGUCUCGUGUCCUUCGAGAUAUAAUAGCACUGCCAGAUAUUCCUGAAGUGGAAUCGCACCGAUUGAGCGAACUGUGCCGAAUAUUGAAUUCCCUAGAGGGAAUUUUCAGUGAAGAUCCCACUCAGCCAUCAUUUGUUGUUGCAUACGUCCCGUCGUGGCUCAAGUUUUCCUACCUCUCAGAGCUUCUGGAAGCUUCUCUGGCCGAUAUCACAUACCUGUUUGAGCAGGGCGCGUUGGUUGACUUCGAGGUCGACGAAUUAGUCCGGCUCGUCCGCGCACUAUUUGCUGACACUCCGUUACGAAGCAACACCAUCAAUAAGCUUCUCGGUGGCCAUCCAAUCUCGUCGGGUUAA